AUUAUUAAUGCAUAUUAUGAAAAUAUGUAUAAUUUUUCCGUUAGCCACAAUUUUGUGUUUUUCGAAUCCGAUCAACCGUUUACCGCUUAUUAAUUUUACCCGUUCAACAUGUUUUUGUUGCUUUCCGAAAUAUUAAAGCGCAGACAGUAAGUUCAUUGAUUUUUCACCGUUUCUAAAUAUUCGCCACUUGAGCUAUGUCGGGCGUGGUGGCACAAUUUGCAUUGCACCUUGUUGUCUAUUUCCAACCAACCACCCUCCCACCAAGUCAACCAACCAGCCUUACAAUCACACAUCCAGUACUUGGGUGUUAUCAGACUUACACACCCUUACAAAUUUAGCGCAGGCAUACAAAUACACACACAUACAUGGCAGAUUUUAACAAAUGUGCUCGUUCGCUUUGUAGUCGCACAAGAAAAACCGUAGUGAGUAGAUACAAAAUUUUUUAAAUCUGAACAAAGGACAAGCUUUUCAACAAAGAAAUAUUAAAAUUUCGCCUUAAAAUAGUGAAUUAGCCAACAAUUAAAUUUAUAAAUCAUAAGUUUAUUGAAAAUACAAUUGUAAUGCGCGCACAUUUUGCUGGUGAUGUAGCCACAGCGGAGGCCCCAACAGAUGCUGGUGAAGAUAGCAUUGAUAAAAUUGAGGCUGAAGCAGAGCCACUGGAUGCACGUAUCGACGAAUUCAAACAGGACUCGAAGAAUAUGGAAGUAGUCUCAGAAUUUAUUGAUGAUGUGCUGCAAAAGGCCGAGGCUGAGGCUGUGAAGCAGCAGGAUUCGAAAAAUGACAAAACUUUGCAACAGCCAAAGGAAAAAACGCGUCAGAAUUUAAAGAAUGGAAAAAUGGUGAAUCGUGCGCGCGGUUUGGUGGUGCGCAUCUUUGAUGCCAUCUGCAACUGUGCCAACACGGCUGCUGGACCGGCGCAACGCAUCAAGUUGCGCGCUAAGCGUGCAGCAUCAUCAGCGACAGCACCAGCUACAGAAAAUGGCACAGAUGGUAAGAAGAAGGACGCAAACGUCAAGGAGAAAAAGAGCGACAAGAAGCAAAAAGAUGGUGACAUCGCUGCUGCUAAGGCAACUAAAGAAGAAAUUAACGGAGAGAAAGGUAUUGAAAGCGUUGAUACACCUGUCGAGGAUGGGAAGAAGGAAGCUGAUGCAGUUGAGAAACAGGAAACGGAAGCAGAUAAGCAUUAAUUGUAUGCAUGAAUGUGAAGAAAUACUACAUACAUAUGCGUGUGAGUAAGAAGAAAACAUUGCCAAUAAUAUAAUUUCCAUUGCUUUAAGGAGUCUCAUAAAUAAGGCAAGUGGAUGGAGAAGUCGAAAUUUUCGGGCAGGGAACGUAUGUAUGUAAAUAAGGAGUUGCAAGUUUUGCAUUGUUUAACAUAAUUUGAUAUAAUUAAACUUAGGGCAACUUGGUCAAUUUAAAAGCAUUUACAGGAAAAUUUUGCAUAUAAUAUAGUACAUACAUAUGUACCUAUGUAUUUACCAGGGCUGGAAAAGUAUGCACAAUCGUGCUAUUUUCUCUCUUUUUAAUGCCACCCGGCCCUUUGCGUACUUAGAAUAAAAAAUAUGGUUAUGCUAAUAAAAUUUAAAUUUUUUCUGCUUUCCAACGUAUGUAUAUUAGACUGC